AUGAUGAGGGAAGCAGUAUCAAAUCAAUGCUUUACAAGCUUUUUGGUGGGGAGCAAUAAGGUGCCUGUGGAUGUUCUUCAAUACGCUAACGAUACGAUAUUCUUUGGAGAAGCAUCUAUGGCAAAUGUCAAAACUGUGAAGGUUAUUCUCAAGAGUUUUGAGAUGGUUUUUGGAUUGAGAAUUAAUUUUGCUAAGAGCAAAUUUGGAGCUAUUGGUCAAUCUGAGGAGUGGUGUCUUUAUGCUGCAAAGUACUUCAAUCGUGCUUUGCUCCAAUUUCCUUUCUGCUAUUUAGGUAUUCCGAUUGGUGUCAAUCCCAAAAGAAAGGUGGUGUGGGAUCCUAUAAUUAGGAAAUUUGAGGAUAGGCUGAACAGGUGGAUGAUGGGUAGGGGUGACCAAAUCCUGUUCUGGGAAGAUGCUUGGGCUGAGGAUGGAAUUCCCCUCAAAGACCAAUUUCCAGAUUUAUAUCGAAUUUCCUCUCAAAGAAACCACAUAGUGGCUGAUAUGGGAUCCUUCUUUGAAAGUGGGUGGGAAUGGAAUCUUCUUUGGAGAAGAAACCUGUUUGAUUAUGAGAUGGGAAUUGCUUCCAAUUUCAUUGAUCAAAUUUCAAUAAUCAGGCUAAAUAGCAACUUAAAGGACACCUGGGUUUGGAGAGCUGACAUUAAUGGAAUCUUUUCUACUAAAUCUACCUACCAAGUUUUAAAAGAUGAGCAGGCUUCUGAAGUUCAGUACUUGGCAUUCCAGCAACUCUGGGAUAUUAAAAUCCCCCCGAGAGCCUUGUCCUUUGCCUGGAGGUUGUUAUGGGAUAGACUUCCUACUAAGGAUAACCUAGCGAAGAGGCAAAUUCAAACUGAUAGACUUAUGCCCUUUCUGCCACAGCAAGCCUAA